AUGGCCCUGUCAGGUUCUCUCGCUUUGUUCUUUGUAUUUCUUAUCCUUGCGCUUGCUCUCUUAGCUGCGCAAAAUAUUCCAGGAGUCUACGAUCAUGAAUCGUAUAUGCAAUGUGCUGGCUUUGUGCUACUACCACUGCGUCUUUCGCAACCCAACCUGACCGGUUUCCUGCAAGAUGGGAGUGGAGUGUCCUAUCAGAGGUCAUGUUACUGUGCUAAUAGAUGA